AUGCUUCUUUCUUUCCGAACGCUCAUUUUUCUCGCUUCAGCAGCGCGAAUCGUUUCCGCCGCGACGGUGGGACCGAUUGGUUCACUCGUAGUGGCCAACGCAACGAUUUCUCCCGACGGUAUUCCCCGAGCCGCUGUGCUGGCUGGGGGCACCUUCCCUGGCACGCUCGUCACCGGCAACAUCGGCGACAACUUUCAGCUCACGGUCGUUGACCAACAGGAGGACAACCGCAUGCUCGAGCCGACAUCCAUCCACUGGCAUGGACUGUUCCAGAACGGGACAAACUACAUGGAUGGUCCCGCGUUCAUUAACCAGUGCCCGAUCUCGCCUGGAAACUCGUUCACAUACGACUUUACUGCUUUGCAGUCGGGAACUUAUUGGUAUCACUCUCACCUCGCCACUCAGUACUGCGAUGGUCUGCGUGGCGCAAUGGUCAUCUACGAUCCGGCAGACGCGUAUCUCUCUCAGUACGACGUCGACGACGAGUCGACGGUGAUCACUCUUUCCGACUGGUACAACGUCUUUGCUGAGACUGUGACCGGUGUCGGCACGCCCUCUUCGAUGCUCAUCAACGGUCUCGGACGUACCGCUGCGACGCUCGACAACACAACCCUCGCUGUGAUCAACGUGACGCAAGGUUUGCGCUACCGGUUCCGCUUGGUCAACACCGCAUGCGACUCGAACUAUGUGUUCCAAAUCGACGGCCACACGAAUCUGACGAUCAUCGAGGCCGAUGGUGUCCUUCACGAGCCGUUGAGCGUCGACUCGAUCCAGAUCUAUGCGGCCCAACGCUAUUCGUUCAUCUUGACUGCCGAUCAGGCCAUCGACAACUAUUGGAUCCGCGCCGAUCCGAACACCGGUCCCACCGGCUUCACCGGCGGCAUCAACUCUGCGAUCCUCCGCUACGUAGGAGCCAACGCAUCGGAGCCCACUACCUCGCAAGACACUUCGACCAACGGACUGAUCAACGAGGUCGACCUGCACCCGCUGGUGAACCCUGGUGCUCCCGGCGGUGCGUUCAUCGGUGGUGCUGAUGUGCAGUUGAACAUGGAUUUGGCGUUCGACUUGACCACCUUCAAGUUCACGAUCAAUGGCGACGCCUUCGUUCCACCCACUGUUCCUGUUCUCCUCCAGAUUCUGUCCGGCGCCCAGUCCGCGCAGUCGCUGCUGCCCAACGGCUCGGUGUACUCGCUCCCGCACUUUGCGACGGUCGAAAUCACGCUCGCGGGAGGUGUGGUCGGUGGUGGCCACCCAUUCCAUUUGCACGGACACACCUUUGAUGUCAUCCGGGCUGCCGGAAGCACGACCUACAACUACGUGAACCCGGCCCGCCGCGAUGUCGUCAACAUCGGAGUCGCUGGCGACAAUGUCACGAUCCGUUUCUACACGGACAACCGCGGACCGUGGUUCCUGCAUUGCCACAUCGACUGGCAUUUGGAGGCUGGCUUCGCGGUUGUGAUGGCCGAAGAUGUGGCUGACUGGGUGUCGGAGCUGGUCCCGACAUCGGAGUGGAACCAGCUGUGUCCGACCUACAACGCGCUGCCAGCUUCGAUCACGUCUCUUGCUGCUUGAGCGUCGACGGUCUCUGACUUUUGCAGUGAUACUGUCUUUACUGUCUAAAUUUACUUCGAUAGGAUAUUUCUUGGACUUUAAAAAUGACCAAUCCUCUUUGUAAUGUUGAUA